UUUGGUUUCGAGAUUAUGCGAUGCCGUGCUGCUGGUGCUGUGACGUUAAAGGAUAUGGCCGCUGUGAGUUCAAUAUCAAAUGUUGAAAAUCUUUCGCCACAAAUAAUACGCCGUGUGGCAAAAGAAAUGACCGAGCUAACGACUCAACCACCCGAGGGCAUACGCGUUAUUUUAAACGAGGAAGAUGUCACAGACAUUCAAGCUAUCAUCGAAGGUCCCUCUGGAACACCGUAUGCCGGUGGAUUUUUCAGAGUUAAAUUAGCUCUUGGUAAAGACUUCCCUCAAGGACCACCAAAGGCAUUUUUCCUUACAAAAAUUUUUCAUCCUAAUGUCGCGAAAAAUGGUGAAAUAUGUGUUAAUACGUUGAAGAAGGAUUGGAAAUCAGACCUCGGAAUUCAACAUAUAUUAUUGACAGUAAAAUGUUUAUUGAUAGUGCCAAAUGCCGAAUCUGCAUUAAAUGAAGAGGCUGGUAAAUUAUUAUUAGAGAGGUAUGAUGAUUAUUCUGAAAGGGCAAAGAUGAUGACAGAAAUACAUGCGCAGGGCGGUGGAAAAGGCAGUAAAGCAGGUCUGGAAAGCUGCACUUCCUCUGAAGUCGGAGGACCCCUGCCAAAAAAGCACGCAGGUGAUAAAAAACUAACAGCAGAAAAGAAAAAAAUGUUAAAAGAUAAAAAAAGAACGCUUAAAAGAUUAUAAGAGAAAAUCAGUCUCCCCUUUUAUCUUUUUUAUAAUUUAAAAACACUGGUGUGCUAAAGAUGCCUCGUAUUGUACACAAUUAUUAUUAUUGCAUAGUAAAAAAUUUAUUAUCUAAACUCGACUGAUCUUAUUAUUAAGCAUUUAGAAAAUUAAUUUAUAGAGUCAGUGCGUGAUGACUUCCUAAAUUAUAUGAAAAAGCAAGUACAAUUCUGUAGUGAUCUCUGCAAUCGUGGGCUGAGUUUAACAGUCGUUAGGCCCCAUCUGUGGCCUCUAUUAGUAAAUAUUUUUACAUAUGUACAAAAUGACAAAUCGUGUGAUUAUUUAAAUAAAAUGAAUUGUUCUCCAUAUAUGAAA